CUCAUAAAAAUUGCAACGACUAACAAAAAAAUAAUGUACAAGUAAUUUUCUCAUAACUAAAGGACGAGCAGAAUAGACGUCUAUAUCACACAAGCUACAGAAUAAAGAUUAAAUGAACUGAAUAUCAUCUUUGCAAUAGAUAACAUAUUUUGUUUAUGUCACCGUGUAGAUAGCAUUACAGACAAAAAUUAUACAAUAACACCCAUACGGGACUAUCUUCAUCUGAUUAUAAUCGACCAAACAUAUCUAUUUAAAAGAUAGGUAUAUAAGAAAACAUGCCCACUUGAAUCGUCAUAGUCAUCUGUAUCACUAGUAAUAUGAGGUCGCUCGCAUUUUUUGUUUUGGUUCUCACAAUAACUGAUAAUGAGGCGGCUAGAAUACUGGCAGUAUUUCCAGUGCCUUCAAUCAGUCAUCAAAUAGUGUUUCGUCCUGUUAUUCACGAACUUGCUAAGCGAGGACAUGAAGUUACUAUCAUCACUCCAGACCCGGCCUUUCCGAAUGGAGGGGGACCUGCAACUCUCAAAGAAAUCGACGUACAUUUCACGUACGAAGAAUGGAAGAAGUUUUAUGAAUUCACGUCAGUGGGUGACGAUGAUCAGGUCAAACAAAUGGAAGCAGUACUCAAAAUUAUUAUUCAUAUAUUUGAAGUCCAAAUGAAGGUUGAUGAAGUCCAAAAAGUGUUGAAAGAGAAAUUCGAUUUGGUGUUUAUAGAAGCUUUGGUCCGACCAGCGUUAACUCUUACACACAUUUUCAUAGUGCCGAUUAUUCAAAUGUCUUCAUUUGGUCCUAUUAAUUUUAACACGGCUACUUUUGGAUCAGCUUGGCACCCUUUCCUGUACCCAAUGAAUUUAAGUCAGAAGAUCAAUAAUAUGACCAUGUGGGAGAAACUACAGGAACUAUGGACCUUUUAUCAAAUUGAGAAGGUUUAUGAAAAACUUGAAGUAGACGAACACAAAAUGGCUCAACGAUUGUUUGGACCAGAUGUUCCAAAGUUAAAGGAAUUGAAAGAUAACGUUGAUAUGAUGUUUUUGAACAUUCACCCUCUGUGGGAUUCCAAUCGACCGGUUCCUCCUAGUGUUAUUUAUAUGGGUGGAGUGCAUCAAAAACCUCAAAAGGAAUUACCUAAGGAACUGGAAACUUACUUGGACUCCUCGAAAAACGGUGUAAUAUACAUCAGCUUUGGUACAAAUGUACAACCUUCACUGCUACCUCCGGAGAAGGUACAAAUACUAGUCAAAGUAUUCUCUGAGCUACCUUACGACGUGCUGUGGAAGUGGGACAAAGAUGAACUCCCUGGACGUACUAGCAACAUUAGGAUAGAAAAAUGGCUGCCGCAGUCAGACCUUUUAAGGCACCCAAAGAUCAAGGUAUACGUAAUGCAAGGAGGUCUGCAAUCAACAGAUGAAGCUAUAACAGCAGGAGUGCCUCUGAUUGGAUUCCCAAUGUUGGGUGAUCAAUGGUUCAACGUAGAAAAAUAUGAACAGCAUAAAAUUGGACUCAGACUCGAUUUGGAUACAUUGACUGAAGAAAAAUUUAAGCAUGCACUCAAUGAGGUCAUUGUUGAUGAUAGUUACCGUCAAAACAUUAUGAAACUUGGCAAACUACUGAAUGAUGAGCCAAUGACACCGUUGGAGCGUGCGGUGUGGUGGACGGAGCACGUGCUGCGUCACGGUGGCGCGCGACAUCUGCGCUCUCCCGCCGCCAAUAUGUCGUGGACACAGUUCCUCGAACUAGAACUAGUGCUUACUGUAUUAAGUUUUGUACUAGUCUUUGCUUUAUUAAUUUUACUGUUAUUUUAUAAGUUAUACAAGUAUUUUUGUUUAUAUUCAAAACAGAGGAAGCUUAAAGAUCGUUAAGUUGUUCCUUUUUAUUCUAGGUUAGCUCAAUUUAAUAGGACAAUGAAACUUGUAUUUGAUUAGAUAGAAGUGUAAGUACAUUUUUGUUGUGAAAGAAUGUCUAUAUGAAUUAAAUUAUGUUCUAAGUGAUAAAUGAAAUAUAAAUUAAUAUGAUAUUAAAAAAAAAA